CGCCGAGCCGGCAGGAGCCGCGUCAGGGCCGUCCGGGGGCGCCGCCGGCCGUGCCCGCAGCCCCCAGCCGCGCCCCCGCCGGGCCUGCUGAGCCGCCCGCGGGCCGGGGUCGCGCCGGGCCGGGCCGCGCCCGGGCGGGGCAGGGCUGCCUGCAUGACCCUCCGGCGGCGCGGGGAGAAGGCGACCAUCAGCAUCCAGGAGCAUAUGGCCAUCGACGUGUGCCCCGGCCCCAUCCGGCCCAUCAAGCAGAUCUCCGACUACUUCCCCCGCUUCCCGCGGGGGCUGCCCCCGGACACCGCACUGCGCGCCGAGGCAACCCCGGACGCCCCCGCGCGCCCGGCCGCGGCCAGCGCGGGCCGCCGCAGCCCCUCCGACGGCGGCCGCGACGACGAGGAGGACGUAGACCAGCUCUUCGGAGCCUACGGCGCCAGCCCGGGCCCCAGCCCCGGCCCCAGCCCGGCGCGGCCGCCCGCCAAGCCGCCCGAGGACGAGCCGGACGCCGACGGCUACGAGUCGGACGACUGCACUGCCCUGGGCACCCUGGACUUCAGCCUGCUCUACGACCCCGAGAGCAAUGCCCUCCACUGCACCAUCAGCAAGGCCAAGGGCCUGAAACCAAUGGACCACAAUGGGCUGGCGGACCCCUACGUCAAGCUGCACCUGCUGCCAGGAGCCAGUAAGGCCAAUAAGCUGAGAACAAAAACCCUGCGUAACACACUGAACCCCAUGUGGAACGAGACCCUCACCUACUACGGGAUCACGGACGAGGACAUGGUCCGCAAGACCCUGCGGAUCUCUGUGUGUGACGAGGACAAAUUCCGCCACAAUGAGUUCAUCGGAGAGACACGGGUGCCCUUGAAGAAGCUGAAGCCCAACCACACCAGGACGUUCAGCAUCUGCCUGGAGAAGCAGCUGCCGGUGGACAAGACGGAGGACAAGUCCCUGGAGGAGCGGGGCCGCAUCCUCAUCUCCCUCAAGUACAGCUCACAGAAGCAGGGCUUGCUCGUGGGCAUCGUGCGCUGCGCACACCUGGCCGCCAUGGACGCCAACGGCUACUCAGACCCCUACGUGAAAAUAUACCUGAAGCCGGACGUGGACAAGAGAUCCAAGCACAAGACAGCCGUGAAGAAGAGGACCCUGAACCCUGAGUUCAACGAGGAGUUCUGUUACGAGAUCAAGCACGGGGACCUGGCCAAGAAGACCCUGGAGGUCACCGUCUGGGACUACGACAUUGGAAAGUCCAACGACUUCAUCGGUGGCGUGGUUCUGGGCAUCAACGCCAAGGGCGAGCGCCUGAAGCACUGGUUUGACUGCCUAAAAAACAAAGACAAGCGCAUCGAGCGCUGGCACACGCUCACCAGUCAGCUCCCGGGGGCCGUGCUCAGCGACUGACCGCCCCGCCCUGCACCUGCCAGGCCCGAGGCUUCCUCAGCCACCACCAAGGGCUGCAGCCCCCACACUGGGGGAGUCCAGGACACCUGCCCAGACACACAGCGGCUCGGAGGACCCAGGGCUGGGGAGGGCAGAGAGGCAGGCCAGGAGAAGGCCUCAGCCUCCAUACUCCCGGACACAUAGAGGUCCUUGAGAAAGCCCAGGCUGAGAGCACAGAGUGUGGAGCACCCAAGGGCCAGUGAAGGCCCUGGAGGAGGUGAGCAUGACUGCCAAGAAUGUCCCAAGAGUCCCAGGCAUGGCCACAGAGAGGUUGGGACACACAUAUUCCUCUCUGGUAUUGCUGGGCCAGCAGACAGCAGCCUGGGCAUGGGGUGCCAGCCCAUC